GGAGUCCCUUCAGGUUGAAUUGCUCAGCUGGUUUUCGUUCAGCAUCCACUGUAAAAGCUCCCCUUCACCCCCCCCCCCCCUCUUUACUCCACUUGACUAUCCAUCCAGAUGUGAUGUAUGGAUUAGAAGCUUUUAUCACACACACAAACACUUACUACUGCUGUAUCAUAUGGCGACAACCCCCAACACAGACACACAGUUUCAUAAGUUAAAACAAAUACACGUCCUCUUUACAUCUUCUGUAACCAGGGCUGUAGCUACCACCGAGGAGGUUGUGUCCUCAGUAAUGUUUCUGGGAAGUUUUGGGGGUUUAUGAUGUCAAGAAAAGUUUGAAGAAACCUUUUAUUACUCAAGACUAAUUGUCUUUUAUCUUCUAGCUAUUACGUACCUUGCAGUGUAGGAAAGGCAGCUUUGAAACAGCAUUUAGACCAUAAUGAAGGUUGAUGAAAUUAGGUGAAUUACAAAAACAUGAGAUUUCAUGAUUUGUUUUCUUUAAAUCAUAUAUCUGGCACCUACUUUCUCAGGUGGCUGGUGUUUUACUGCUCAACUUUAGUAUAUACAGCCCUGACUAUAACUAUAGAGUAAAUGUUAAUACACACACACACUCCAGAUGAACUGUUUUUGAUGACAUUUGCUUACGAUCUUCACAAAUGGAGAGUGAUUAGAUACAUUAUUCAAGCACUGUGCUUGAGUAUUUCUGUUUUCUCUUGUUUUAGACUUAUUUCAGACUUAGAUCACACUACAUUUCAGAGGGAAAUAUUGUACAUUUUACUUAUUAUUUGACAACUAUAGUUACUAGUUAUGUUACAGAUGAGAGUUUACAUACAAAACAUGAUGAUGUUGUAAAAUAUGGUGCAUUGAUAUAGGAUUAAACUGCCCAGCAGUAUAUAAAGUAGACAAAAUCACCUCCACCUGUGAAAACAUUAUAACACUUCUUCUAUAUUAAGUCACGUACAAAUCGGAUGCAUUUGAGGACUUACAUUUCACUUGAGGACUUGUGUGUAUGUGUGUAUAUAUAUCAUAUAUAUUACUUUAUCCUUCUCUACUGCAUUCUUUUGACAGCUGUACUUAAUUGUUACUCUGGAGAUCAAGUUAUUAUAUGCAAAACCUAUGAAGAGAUCCUAAAAUACAAAGCAUUGCUAGAUUAAUUCACCCAACAGUAUAUAAAUACUUUUGAUACUAUAAGUAGGCUGCAUUUAUUGGUAAUACAUCGGUUCUGUGGUUAUAAUUUUGAGUGCAUGAUCUUUACUUCUAAUGUUGUAUUUUAACACUGUUUUCUCAGUAAAGGUUCUGAAAACCCCUCCAAGUGAUUAACCGACUUUAUAUUAGCUAAUUACAAAAACAAAACUGUUCGUGUUGUGAUCCUGUUCUACCACCAUGCCUUUGUGUUUACGCCACAUUUACGUUGUUACAUGUCAUUCUUUGGAGAAAAGAAGAAUACCAGUGUUAUGGUGGCGUUUUAAUUUUUCAACAACACAAUUUCCACUAAUACCAGAAGACAAGAGGGCAACAUUUGCCAUUUAAACGGCUCUUUCAUUUGAAUAAUCUUUCAUAGGACGUGAUUAAAGCGCGGUUGCUCUGACGUAAGCGAGAUUGCGUCUCGCGCAGCCAGCCCUGCUUCCCUCCUCUUCCUCUCGCGCCCCUCCUGCCUGCCUUCGUGAAGAGAUACGAUGAAAUCACUCGCGCUCCCUGUCAUCAUCAUCACCAGCGCCGCCCUGUAGAGAGAGAGAGAGAGAGAGGGCCCCCUCCCCACCUAACAACAACCCCAACCCCGCAGGCUCGAGCACAACGACCCCACCCCCCAAUCCCCUCUGUGAGAGGAGACGGAGCGAGAGAGGCGCAUCCAGAGUCACGGAGAAAAGACCGUUUCGGGAUCCCGGCUCUGUUUUGCCCUCAAUCCGGGCCUAAUGCUGUAGCAGACAGCGCAGGAGGAGAGCACGAGCGAGAGACAACGCACUGAUUGAGAGUCGGCGAGGGACAGGGCGGACCGGGGAGACGACGGGAUUGCUCAUUCGCCUGGAAACAUGGGAUGUACACUGAGCGCCGAGGAGCGCGCAGCUCUGGACCGGAGCAAGGCCAUCGAGAAAAACCUGAAAGAGGACGGGAUGGUCGCCGCCAAGGACGUCAAAUUGCUUCUGCUCGGCGGCGGAGAGUCCGGCAAAAGCACCAUCGUCAAACAGAUGAAGAUUAUCCAUGAAGAUGGCUUUUCUGGGGAUGAUGUGAAGCAGUAUAAGCCUGUGGUCUACAGCAACACCAUCCAGAGCUUGGCAGCCAUCCUCCGAGCCAUGGACUCCCUGGGCAUCGAGUUUGGCGACAAGGAUAGAAAAGCGGAUGCUAAGCUGGUUUGCGAUGUGGUCAGUCGUAUGGAGGACACAGAGCCGUACUCUGCAGAGCUUCUUACUGCUAUGAAGCGUGUAUGGGCCGAUGCUGGGACUCAGGAAUGCUUCAGCCGUGCCCGUGAAUACCAACUCAACGACUCUGCUCAAUACUACCUGGACAGCCUAGACCGAAUUGGAGCAGCAGAUUACCAGCCCACAGAGCAGGACAUCCUGAGAACCCGAGUGAAGACCACUGGUAUCGUCGAAACCCACUUCACUUUUAAAAACCUCCAUUUCAGGCUGUUUGAUGUGGGAGGUCAGAGGUCAGAGAGGAAGAAGUGGAUCCACUGCUUUGAAGAUGUGACGGCCAUUAUCUUCUGCGUUGCUCUGAGCGGAUACGAUCAGGUGCUCCAUGAAGAUGAAACAACUAACCGCAUGCACGAGUCGCUCAUGCUCUUUGACUCCAUCUGUAACAACAAGUUCUUCAUCGACACCUCCAUCAUCCUCUUCCUCAACAAGAAAGAUCUGUUUGCUGAGAAGAUCAAGAAGUCACCGCUGACGAUCUGUUUUCCAGAAUACACAGGUGCUAAUACUUAUGACGAUGCUACUGCAUAUAUUCAGGUUCAGUUUGAGAGUAAGAACCGCUCUCCCAAUAAGGAGAUCUACUGUCACCUGACCUGUGCCACAGACACAGGGAACAUCCAGGUAGUCUUUGAUGCCGUCACUGACAUCAUUAUUGCAAACAACCUGAGAGGGUGUGGCUUAUACUGAGGCCUGGCCAAGCACAGAGGUUGUCGUGGAGAGUAUGAGGUGUGAAUAAUGAUAAUUUUGAUGAUACUUAAACACAUAAAUAUGUAACUCUACACGUCCAAAUGGACCCAAAGAGCUGCCGUCAGACACCACACUCUUUGAUUAUUGCCAUGAUUUGUUCCCUUCCUCUUAUUUUGAUUUCACUAUACAACCCCAGUUUUGUCUUAUAAAAUGUGUUUUUGAGCUGAAUGUUUCAUGUUUAGUUGAUGACUGUGUCAACAACUGGUAAGGUGAGAAGAGGCAGCACCAGGGGUAUAUUCAGCUAGAGCCUUGUUCUGCAGAACUCAAAAGCCUAGAAAUGCGACGCGAGAAGUGUGCAAUGUCAUUUUAACCGCGGUGUGGAAUACUGUCCCAUCUUUUAUGUGACAUUUUUUUGUGCAAAUCUCGAGGCAUUUAUAUCUGUACUGAAUAUAGCCUGUUGUGCUCCGUUUGAAGAGCUGCUGUGUGUGUAAAGGUGGAGAUGAUGAUGUUGUUGGGGAGGCGCUGAACUCGUGGCAGAGGGUCAUGGUUGGGAAGGAGGCUAUUUUAACGUUCAGAAGGGAACAAAGCUCCCCUCUCCUUCAGACCCACACAUGACUGAGUGGCCUGCAGGUCUGUUACACUCGGUCUUCUCUUUCGCUUCAAAACAUAAUGAAAGAGAGGAUUCUUCUGUUCAGACUUGGUGCUCAUUGCCAUUGGCCUCCUGCAGCGUGAGGAAAUGCCUAUCAGCCAACAAAACCCCCCCAAAAAACAAAAAAAUGUCAUAUCGGUGCCAACCAUUUGACAAUGACAGAUAGGGGAUUAGAUCAGAAAUCAUAGUUCAUGUUCAUAUGAUCAACUAUUAUUUAAGUAACAUAUAACAUAUUAUUAUCAUCGAAUGAUUUAUUUAUUUAAGCCUCAUGCCCUACAUGCCUCCUCCUACCUCCUGAAAUCCCGUGCCACAUAUUUAUUUCCUGACAUGAAAAACUGGGGGAACACCGAUAACUCGUGUGCGGUUCAGAGGGUUGAAAGCAGCCCUCCAAUGACAUCUUGUUCUCCAUGUGGUGCUUUACCUUUUGAUGUGAAUCUGUGUAGAAAUAGAAGACAGCACGAGGAGAACAAUAUCAUUUGAGGCAGCCUCUGUCUGGGGAGUCGAUGGUUUUCAAUCCUCUUCUCCCUGAUCAAUAAACAGGGAACCAUUCCGUCUGUCAUGUUUCUCUUUUCACAGAGAAAAAGUACAGCUCUCCAUUUUCACCUGUGCACCUAGAAAUUCAUCUUCCCAUCCCUGUAUACUCAUAUCUUUCACAUAUCAGUCCCCAUAUCCUAUCUCCAUUUUCACCUUAAAAGCACCGUACUGUAUAUAUAUAUUAUGAUUAUACCAGAUUUUUUCUUUUUUUUUUUUUUUUUUUUUUUUACUGUGAAUGUUUUUGUGCUGCACCCCAUCCUAUUUGGUAGUUUAUUGGUUGCUCUCAUGUGGAAUGUUCGUGCUGAGCCAAUCGAAUGUUGUGUUUACAUUAAAGCCACACUUUUCCUAACUAUUCCU